CCUAUCCAGAGACCCGGAAGAACACGCUCUCGCCCGUAUCGGUCUGCAAGACUUGUCGUCGGAAAAUCAGGGUCUCACCUUCGUCUCUGAAGAUCCAGCAACCAAUCAUGGGUUUCCUCGCGGCGUGCGGUCGGCUAUGGUGCUGGCAAGAGCCAUGUACUAGAUUUGGGUGAAUAGUGACGAAGUCAAAUCUAUUGCAGAAAGACAUGUGGUUAUAGCGGACAAAGCUUUUCGGGAGGCAUGCUAUGUCGUGCUCGGUUUCGGUCUUGGCUAUUCCCAAUCUUUCCACGCCAUGAUAUCGUUUCAACGAGCUUUUACUGGGGUAAUCUACCAAGGAGAUUCGCCAGGUACUCGAGGCAAAGACGUGACCACUGAACUUGGCUCACCAUGGCACGUUCAAAGUCAAUCAGCCUGGCUGUGUCCCACAGACAUAGUCUUCAACAUUGGAAGUAUAUACGUCUUACCAUGUCCAGAUAUUCACUUCCCCAAAGUUGCGGCUCUAGCUACGGCCUACAUUGCGAACUUCGGGAAGAAGCAGAGGAUCAGCUCAUUUCGCGGUGUCGUUCUCAAUCUUAAGACGAUGAUUUUGGUCAAGAUCGAUGGGAAUACAGUCCGAACUGUUAGCCCAAUGGCCCUCGACACGAACGCUUUCUUCGCUCUGGCCGCCUUUCACGACGCUAGCGAGCUUGAAAGGCUGGGUUGGGAUAAUCGACACGCUUUCCACGAAGUAGCGAAUUCCAGCGCCGGGAAACAGCUUCCUGCAGAGCUUUGGAUACGUAUUAUCGGCAUGUGUGACUCAGCUUCCCAAGCGUCAUGCUUACAGGUGUCUCGUCGCCUACGUGAGUGCGCGCAAGAACACUGCUUCUUAUUGGGCAGUCGCCCGACCGUGGCGCACGACAGAGACGAAACACACGAUAAUGAGACCCUCUGUGUUAUUGAACACCUCUCGACCAUCAGAUCCGCCGAUUUGCCUUCUUCCAAAAGUGUGGAAUUGUAUGCCUUGCAAGCUUGUUACGCUCCCAGAUCAUGGAACACGUGGCAGAAUGAUGGGGGUGAUCAGCCAGUGUGGGAAAGAUGGGUCCCUUUUGUUGAUUCUAGCUUGGUCACGGCUGAUUCUCGCCCGAAGAAGUAUAUCGCGCUGCAAGAGGCAGCCUUCAAGCUGGUUGCGUGUUCUGAUUCCAAUACGUCUGACUCAAAAUAGCUAAGCAAGUUUCUCUCGCCGCGCACCUGCGUUUUUCUAUAAAAUCAUACAGUACCCCUUAUAAAAUGGCUAAAUCAAGCAGAUUUAGGCUACUCUAUAGUAGCGGUCUCGUACGUUAAAUAAGUCCUCACCAAUGAACGAUUGUUUCUUGGUACCUAGGUAUAAUAAAGUGCCGGUAGGAAGCUUUAUAUCCGCUACGAGUAAUUUAUCGAUAUAGGCUAGGACUUAUUAUGAAAUUGUAUCUGAUAAAGCUGCUAAGCGACACUUACUACCAAUAUAACCAAUGAACAAACAAC